AACGCUUUACCAGCCGCCGCGAUGUUUGUUCGUCUGCGGCUACCGUAGUUCCAGUACAAACAUGGCGUCCGACAGCGACAGCGACGAGGACUUUGUGACUUACGGGACUCCUCUGGAGCCUCUGGAAGAAGACGAGCCGUUGAAGAAGCCCGUCCCGCUCCACGACCAGACGGUGAAAGAUGAGAAGGGACGAUAUCAAAGGUUCCACGGAGCGUUCACCGGAGGAUUUUCAGCCGGCUACUUCAACACUGUUGGCUCCAAAGAAGGCUGGACUCCGUCAACCUUUGUGUCGUCGCGGCAACAGAAAGCUGAGAAACAACAUGUCAGGCCGGAAGACUUCAUGGACGAGGAGGACUUCAGUGAGCACGGCAUCGCUCCCAGAGAGAUCACCACCAGCCAGGAGUUCUCGUCCAGCCGCAGAGACGAGGCCAGAGAGAAGGCGAGAGCCGUCAACGCUCAGACUGCACUGAUCCCCGGAGACACUCUGCUGGAGGAGCUGAUCGCACCCGCCAGGUCGUCCAUCGGGGUGGAGCUGCUGAGGAGGAUGGGAUGGAAGGAAGGUCAGGGUGUCGGGCCUCGUGUGAAGAGGAAAGCUCGUCGACAGCAGACUGAUAACGGAGCCAGAGUUUACAGCUGUGCGGUUCCCGCUGCUGGUUCAGAGGACUCAGAGGACGAUGACGAUGAGGACUUUGCUCCAGAGAAUGUGACCUUUGCCCCGAAGGACGUGACUCCGGUGGACUUCAACCCCAGGCUGGGAGUUCAGGGUCUGGGGUACCGCGGUCUCGACCCGGGUCUGGCGCUGCUGGGCCGAGGAGCACCUGAACACAUCGACCUGUUUAAACCUCAGUCUGAGACGAGGAGUCGGCUGUUUGGAGACGCACAGAGAAGCUCACGGAGAGGAGGAGUGGCUGGACAGGCGUUCGGGGUGGGGGCCCUGGAGGAUGAUGACGAUGAAGAAGUGUACCACAGAGACUCCAUGUCCAGGUACGACGUGGUGCUGGGAGGAGAGGAGCCCGGAGACGGACUUUACGGCUGGACGGCUCCGCAGCAGUACACCAAGAAAAGAGACAAAAGCAAAGACGCGUCGUACCUCGGCAAAAUCCUGGAGGGAUUCACUCUGGCCCAGAAACCAGCCGAGCACAAAACAGUCUUCCCUCCUCCCACUCUGCCCUGUGACUAUAGACCGGUCCAUCGUUUCCAUCUGUCAGUCAAUGUUUCAGGUCUCUCUGGGGUCAGUCCUGUACUGGCUGCAGCUCUGAGGACCUCUAGGGGCCACAUGGUCAAAGAGGAGCCCCAACAAGGAGGACGUCACCAGCUGGACUCCGGCCAGAGGAGGGCGCUGCUGGGAGAGGACGCCCUGCAAGGUCCCAGUUCAGUCAUGGAGCUGCUGAGGCCAGAGGACAGGGAACGACUUCUCAACCUCUGCAACUCCUCAAACCCGCCCUCCAGCAAAACCACCACCACGGACUCCCGUGAUGCCCUGCGGUCAGCUGGGUCAUUGGCAGGGACGAUGGCGAGGUCGUCGGCUCUGAGCGGUGCAACCUCCGGCCUCCGGCAGCAGCAGGAGGCUCUUGCGUCGUGGAGAGGCGUCCAGACCUCCACACAGACCUUCAGACCGUUUGAGAAGAACCCCAGUAAACAGGCGCGCUACGAGCUUUACCUGAACCGCCUCAAAGAAGGAGACAAAGAUGCCCUGGAGCAGAGUCUGGACCCGGAGAUGACAGAGUGGGAGCGCAGCAGGGAGAGGGAGGAGUUUGUCCAAGCCUCCAUCCUGUACAGACCCACCUCCUCCUCCCUCUCCUCCCGCUUCACCAGAGCCAAACACCAGGAGGACGACAAUACCGAGGAGGUCACCCGGGACCAGGAGGGUGACGUGGACGACAAACAGGCUGCUGUCAAGAUGAAGAUGUUUGGAAAACUGACCAGAGAAACAUUCGAGUGGCAUCCUGACAAAUUGCUCUGCAAGAGGUUCAACGUCCCCGACCCCUACCCCGGGUCAGGUUUGGUGGGUCUGCCUAAGGUCAAGAGGGACAAGUUUUCAGUCUUCAACUUCCUGACUGUGACAGAAAGCAGAGAGAUGACAGCUCCUCCAAAGCCUCCAGAGGCUGGGAAGAAGUCAAGGUGGGAUGUUUCAGACCAGAAGGAAGAGAAGAAGAAGAAGAAUGACCCCGUGAGCGAACUGCUCAGCGCUGCAAAGAACCAGACUGAGACCAAACGGGAGCAAACCUCUGUACCCGCCUUACCUGCCUCAGCCAGCACCAACGACCAGACUCCAGACAACAAAUCUGAGACAAAGUCAGUGGAUCCGCAGAGCUCAGACAAGAAGAAAGAAGGUGAUGCGGAGGAGGAGCUGGAGGAGGAGAGCAGGCCUCCUAUGGAUCUGUUUAAGGCUAUCUUUGCCAGCUCCUCUGAUGAGAAGUCCUCUUCAUCAGACGGGGAGAGUGAGGAUGAGGAGGAGGAAAAGGAUGGAAAGGAGGAUGAGGGAAAAAUUGACCCACGGGCACCGAAGCUCUUCAACAUCUCCCCCUCCGCCUCUGUCACCUCCACCUCAGUCACCACCUCCGCCACCACAUCCAGCCAUCAGACAGCAGUGGUUUUGUCCCAGACCUCGACACAGGAGGAGUUUGGUCCGAAGCUGCCGCCUCCUUCAGCUGCUCCCAUCAGAGGAGGUGCCACCUCCCUCUGCACCCCCAGGGAAGAGGAGAAACCCAGCAAGAAGAGCAAAGAGAAGAAACAUAAGAACAAGAAGCAGCACAAACACAAGAAGGAAAAGAAGAAGAAGAAACGUAAGAAGCACAAACACAAAGGGAAGCAGCAGAAGAAGAGCAAGAAGGACGCGUCAGACAGCAGCUCAGAGGACAGCGAUGAGGACAGUGACGGUGAAGACGGACAGGUGUCGACAGAGGAGCUGCUGAAGAGACUCAAGAGCAUCCGGUCUCAUCAGACCUGGUGAAGCAGGACUUUUGUCCUCUGUGAGGACGACCGACCCGUCUGCUCGGCACUGGCUUCAUUUUACAUAACAGAUCACCUGUUAUUCUUGAUUUAAUA